AUGAAAUGUCAAGUUCUAGGGGUUUGUGCACCCGGUGGUGUAGUAAUUGGAAAACCAUCAGCUACCACCCGAGCUUUAAGAGUACACGUGGCUCAGCCCUCNAAGCCCUUCAACGGAGUUNGAAUCACCACACCCAGAGGGAACAAAGGCGCGCUGGUUGUCUCUGCCGCCGCAGACGGCUCUAGUUCGCCCGCGGAAGCGCUUCCUCCGGCGGUGAGCGAGAAAGAAAGUGGCGUCAGUGUGGAUAANNUUCCAUUGGAGUCGAAGGUAAAGGAGAGAGAAGAGCAGAAGCUGAGGAUGAAACUGGCGAAGAAGAUAAGGUUGCGAAGGAAAAGGCUUCUUCGGAAGCGCAAAUUGAGGAAGAAGGGUAGAUGGCCACCUUCGAAGAUGAAGAAAUUGAAGAAUGUAUGAUAAUCUAUGAAAACUAUUACUUUAAUUUCAAUUGGCUUUAUGCAGAUUUAAGCUUGUUCUCGUUUUAUUUUCANUGCAAU